GCCGUCGCCACGUCAAGCGGUGUUUCGGCGUCAAGAAGCAUGGAUUCGAAAGGGCCAAGUAUUUGGCGCGGAGCACAAAGAUUUUCUUUUUGAAGAAUCAGCGAGAGAGGAAGCGGCAGCUUUCCCUAUCAGCUGCCCUUGGCGUUGGCGGAGGUACACCGCUAAGCGUCUCGGGGGCACACGACCCCGUAACAGCGCAGGAUGAUGCAGACCAGCAGCAGCAGCAGCAACUGCUGCUGCUGCAUCAGCAUCAGCUGUGGGCACCUCCAGAACUGCUGCGAGCGGCAGCGGGCCUAAUGCUCUCCUCACCUCCGCGCACGCCUCUUUCUGCGGAUGCGAGCUGCAGCGCAAGGAAAGGGUCCACAACAGCAGCAGCAGCAGCAGCAGCAGCAGGCGGAACGGGUGGCUCUGAUGGAACGGCAUUGGGUGUCUCAGGGCUCCCUGCCACAACGGCCAAUGGCGUUCCUUUAGAGUUGGAUGUGCGGCCUUGUCGCAGCAGCAGCAACUGGUGGCGCUCUGGCGUGGCGGCAGCAGCAGCAGCAGCAGCAGCAGCAGCAGGAGCCACAGAAACAGGGAGCGGCAUGCGAGGUUCUGCUUUCAAGGGAGCCCCCGAGGUGUUGCGGGAGGAGUAUUGGUCGUUGCUCGAUGCAAUGGAUCAAGUGGACUGGGAUGCCAUCAGCGGCGAGGAGGCUGUUGCUCUUAUCAACGAAAUCCCCAGAGUCAGGGGGGUUUGCUUUGACCGCAAGGGUUUGUACUGGAUCAGUCAGUGGCACGCGCGGCAAAAGAAACACAGGGAAUGGUUUCCCGUGAAGCGGUUAGGGUUUCGAAAGGCGUGGAAGCUGGCCGUGUGCAUUCGGAGGGAUGCAGAAAAGGUCGAGGAGGAGCCGACUGGCUAUCCCAUGAUACCUGACCUUGAGGAGGUGAUGGGGGUUACAUAUCAAAGAAGCGAACGCGGCCGUAGUUGGGUGGCAUACUACCUGGAGACAGUUCCAGCAGAUUUUGACGGUGCUGCAGGCAGCAGCAACGGCAACGGCACUGGUGCUUUGGGCAGCAGCAGCAGCAGUGGCAAGAACUGCACAGCGGAUGAUGGAGGCUUUUUUCCGAAGAGCCGGUAUAGGGUGGGGGUUCGGCAUUUCCCCGUGAUUGAUCAGGCCUUUGAGGCGGCUCGCCAGAAGGCUGUGGCGCUGGCAAAGGCGCAGCCGCUUCCCACAGCUCUGUUUCAAGUCUUUGAGCGAGACGCUGUGCAGAGGCUUGCUGCUUCAGACGCUGCGGGUGCAGGAGGAGACCGCCUAGCGCCUUCCCCAGUGCCCAUUCGGCUGCUCAAUACGUUCGCCUCCAUGCCACCCUCCACGUCGCACAUAAUCCAACUCGAGAUCAUGGAGAGGCGAUUGCAGCUGCUGCUUAAUGGGGUCAACCCCGCCGUGGCCUGGGCUGUUGCAUGCGAGGAACUCGGCAGACAGCAGAGCAGGAGCAGUGCGGUGGCUGCAGCAGCAGCUGCAGCAGCAGCGGCGACUGCUGCAGCUGCUGCUGCAGCAAGA